CAGAGAACAAUGCAUUGGGACGGAUCCUUUAUUUUUUUCUCUCCUCUUGGCUGUCUCGCUCAAGAUAAAGCAUAGCGUUUUCCCACUCAAGGGAGCAGACACUGUCCGCCUGCCACGCAGUCGUUAAACAUGAGGCCGGUCUUAAACAGACGUUUCAAAAACAACAAAAAAAAAAAAGAAAUAUAUUCCUGUUUUUCAUUCCCUGAGAUAGACAUGUGUUGAUGAGGCCCAUUUACCCCGAAACGCUCACUCUCAGCCAUGCACUGUGGAUUGUUUUUUUUUUUAAGAAGGCAUUACCCAGGGCGACGGGGGAGGGGCCACUCAGGGUUACAUAAGUGUAAUUCGAGAACUUCAGCCAGAGCUUUGCGAAGGCACAGAAAGAGCCGGAAAGAGGGCCGAGUGAACCUGCCAGCACUGAGGAACCUCGGCGCCGAGGAAAUGUCAUCCCAGAAGUAUGACUGCAUCGUCAUAGGAGCGGGGAUCCAAGGGUCCUACACAGCUUACCACCUCGCCAAAAACAACAGGAAGACCCUGCUCAUUGAACAGUUCGCCCUUCCCCAUGCUCGAGGGAGUUCCCACGGGCAGACGCGGAUCAUCCGGAAGGCCUACGAGGAGGACUUCUACUUCCACAUGAUGGAGGAGUCCUACCUGCUCUGGUCGCAUAUGGAGGCAGAGUCCGGGGUUCAGCUGUACAGACAAACAGGGCUCUUGGUCACUGGCCCAGAGAAAAGCAGAGACUUCCAGGGGAUGAAGGAGGCUCUGGAACUGAACCGUGUUCCGUCCGUGGUCCUGGCACCGGAGGAAUUCCCUCAGCACAUACCUCACUUCAAGCUCGGCGACGGGCACGGCGCCGUCGUGGACACCACUGCGGGGGUGCUGUACGCUGACCGCGCCUUAAAGGCCGUACAGGGGGCAUUCCAGAAGCUGGGCGGGGUAAUCAAGGAUGGGGAGAAAGUGUCUGGCAUCACGCCUGGCUCGGAGGUCACCGUGACAACAGCCAGUGGAGCCCACAAAGCUGCGAGCUUGGUGAUCACAGCCGGGCCUUGGGCCAAUGCAGUGCUGUCCCACGUCGGCCUCCAGCUACCCCUGCAGGUGCAGAAGAUUAAUGUCUGCUACUGGAGGGAGAAGGUUCCGGGAACAUACAGCGUCAGCAGGCGCUUCCCCUGCUUCAUCCAGCUGCCGUCGGAGAUGGAGAAGACCGACAUCUACGGCCUUCCGUCCAACGAGUACCCUGGGCUAAUGAAGGUCUGCUACCACGCCGGCAGCGAGACGGACCCCGACCAGCGGGACAAGCAGACAGACCGGGGGGACGUCGCCAUCCUGUCCAGCUACAUCUCCCGCCACCUGCCCGGCCUGGAGUCCGUGCCUGCCGUCGUGGAGAGCUGCAUGUACACGGUCACCCCAGACCACCACUUUGUCCUGGACCGUCACCCAAUGCACAGUAACAUCAUCAUCGGUGCAGGAUUCUCAGGUCACGGGUUCAAGUUCGGGCCCGUCGUCGGCAAGGUGCUGUGUGAGCUCAGCCUGGGCCGCCCACCGUCCCAUGACCUCUCACCUUUCAAACUGCAGCGCUUCCAGAACUUUCUCAAGUCCACUUUAUAAAUCUUGCCGUCUUUGUAGUAGGGUAGUAAGAUUCUAACGAUACUAUUACUCUUACUACUUUAUGGAUCCGGAACUUUAACGGUACUCUUAUCGGUACUCUGAUCUGAACGAAAGAUGACGCUCUGACCAUUUCAGAUUGAAUCGGCUGGUUAAUUGUUACUUUUAAUCAUUAAUCCAUAUUCGUAUAAUUUAGUCAACUCCGUAAGCAUGCAUAAUAUACUAAAAGCUAGGCAGUCGAAAACUAUGCAUUUCUCCAUAUGCAUGUGAUGAACUUUCGCUACAUGUUUCAACCAAUCACUUAUGUUUCCGCCCUUGCAUGCAGAAGACUUGUGGCAACAAGCAUAGUCAACAUCAACUCUAGUGAAAUGUAACCACAGUUUUGAAUGUUUAGGUCUCUGUGCCAUCGUCACUAUAGCAGGGAAGAGCGAGGAAUACAGAGAGCUGCCCAGCUUAAUCCCAACUGGGGUCGUGGGGGGGCCCGGAGCCUAUCCCAGGAACAAGGGGCGCAGGUAGAAACCAGCCCUGGGCAGUCGGCAACACACCGCAGGGCGAUAAAUAGGAAAUCUAUUUUCUUAAUUUUUUCAGGACCGAAAACUGAACCGAUAACGUUGGAGCUUAUUGAUACUACGGUCUUUAAUAAUUUAGCCCCGGGGCCCGUUUAAUACCGGGUGUCGAUACCCAUCCCUACUUCUCAGUGGCCUUAAAAAAACCCCAGUCUCAGAUUAAGGAGGCACUGUGCCACAGGAGAAUAAAAACAACGAUUGGAACCUUUCACGUAAAAUGAAACAUGCCAUCGAGGGCUUCAUCAACAGCCUGGGCAAGGCAGAGUUACACUUCAGCCUUGUUGUGACAUCGGAGUACCGAAAACGUCUUAUCAAAGCCAUUAGACGGCAACAAUAACCCAUGAUUUGUGUUAAACUCAGACGGAUCGCUGCUCGGAUCGCCGACACUCAAAGGCGUAGAGGAAACAAUCGAGGACGUCAGGUCUUCCACUGAUGCUGGCAGUCCUGAUAGCCUUGGACGAGUACCUGUGAUUGGAAAGUGUCAGGAGGAAAACGAGUGGAUCUCUGCAGCAGCUCUGCAGCAGACCAUCAGAGCGGGUCUACCUUAUCGCCACACUGCCGCCUCCCAGUGACAUCCCCGCAAAAUUUCUUGAACCAUUCUAUUGGCUAAUUUGUGCUAAUGGGUCAGACUGUGCAGGUUUCGGGCCCGAGGUGUUUUGCAUGCACCCCCCCCACCCCAAGCUCUUAUGCAGACUGGCUCGUUGUUAAAAAGCCAUCAUCCACUCACUGCCAUUUGUCUCCCAACUGUAGUUUUUACCCUGCAUCCAUUCCACCCCCCCAAACCCUGUAAACAACUUAAUCACCAAUCAGCCAGGCUGGUGGAUGAAGCAAAUGACCACAGUCAUCAGUCUGAAUGGGAAAAUUAUACCGGGCAACUUCGGGAGAUCAGGAGAGGCGUACUCCGCUGUACUCCUCCGUCUUACGAUCGCAUAAUGAAAUGAGUGAAUAAAUUCAGAACUGGGGGGGGGGGGCAAAAACUUGGAAGGUGUAAUCAGUCUUCUAAUUAUCGGUGAGAAGCAGAAGAUUCGGCUUGUUAGAUGGUGUUAUAAAACAUGGGGAGGUGGCAACCUAAAAUGUCGACAUGAUGGAAUGGGUGUAUAGUUUAAUUUAAGUGUUAAUAUUUAACAGGCCAUAUUUGCCUUUUUUGACUGUUCGGGAUUUGCUGGGAACAUAUAAUUCAAGCCAGUUAAGCCAUGCUCUGUGUAUAACCCCUAACUACAACCCCCACCCCCCGUGGGGCAAUGGUUCAGUCCAGCCCUGGGAGAGAAAGAUGAAAGUGACAGGGAUGGGGGAGAACAGGCCAUCGGGCCUGCAUAUGGCACGGGUGAGUUAACUCAACUGGGCUGGCGAGCGUGUCAGAGCGGCUGGGGCGGGCAGAGGGAGACGGAUCUCUGCUAAUCAGCCUGAGCUGCCGCGUCCAAUAGGAGAGAGCAGAAGUGUGAGAGAGAACAGCGAGAGUCAAGAUCAGGCGGCGGGAGAAAGUUUUUCCGCGAUGUUGUAUGCGAUUCACCCCCCCAACCCCUUCCAAUGGGGGUUAAAUUAACUCAGGUAUGGUCUUUGUUUCCGCUAGCCAGCCUGGAAGGUGAGCGUCACUGUCACGGCAGGAUUCUGCCAUCUAUUCUGGUUUCACACGAGUUUACGGUGAGUGAUCUCAGCUUAGGGGAUGUUUAAUGAGCCUAAUCUCCCUUAUGCACCUUCAGCGCUGUCUGGCGCUUCACAUCCCUCAGCCGUUAUCGGACGUUACCGCAGGAACAGAGGCGGACCUUAGGCUGUGAGCGCCUGGCUCUUACCUACCGGGGAAAUGAGCCAAAAAAUGUCGGAAUGUGACGUCUAUUUAAAGUUUAACUUCCGCUAUCUCGUCGCCACCUUUGUCUCCGCGCCGCUCCCAAAUUACCCUGCGAUAAUGUUUUAGCACUCGGUAGGAAAACAAACCAAAGAUAAAGGAAAGCAUACAGAGCUGACUCCAGACCAGCAGGACACAGUGAAAGCCGCAUACUAGGUAGCCAUGGAAACGGUUCCUGUGUGACCCAGAGACCUGUUGUUAGCACACAUUAGGCUAAUGGAACGUACAGCAAUCAGGGACAAAGCUAAAUUUUUACAUGGAGGGGCACUGGGUUAGCGCGAGUAUUCCCACUAACAAUAUACGUUUGAGAAAGGCAGCUGAGGUGUGCUUACCUCAUGUAUAAUGUGUGCGGCUAUGGCCUCAAUGGUGAUGAGGUAAUCAGAGAUGUGGCCUACCAUUGGCCGAGUGUGAGCUCAUCGUUGGGACAGCUGGUCCACCUGGAGACAUGCAGGGCUGGAUUAGCAUGAUCAGUCCCCGGCUACCCAGUCUUUAACUGGGCACCAGAGAACGUCACCUGCCUACACAGCCCCCGCCAAACGACAUACGUACUCGGCAUACGGCCUGGUGCUUAGCAUACUGAAACACGAUAGGGGUCAGUCAUUUUUUUCCUUAGCAGAGGACGCGAACAUGGAAAAAGGGCCCGAUGACAGCCUGGCAGAGCAAAAGCUGUGAUAUCAGUCCUCCAUCACGGGGCAGCCUAGCAAGCAUCAGUGUCAGAUUCAGCACCAUAUCUGUGCAAGACCAAGACCACGGGCGACAGAAUCGGAGUGGGAUCCCCUCGCAAGCCAAGAGCUGAGCAUAUUCAAAUCAGUCUGUAACCGCAUCCAAUCAAAGACUUUCGUUUUUGUUACAUUACAUAAUUUUGAUUGCACCUGCUAAAUUAAAGGGUGUCAAAAACAGUCCA